AUGAACUCUAAUUUUUUCAAUCAGCAGAACAAAGAUGACAAUAAUCAGAAAAACCCAUUUUUGAAUACACCUUUCGGGUCUCAGCAAAGUACAUUUGGAAAUCAGAUGAACAAGCCAAGUAUAUUUGGAGGGCAGUCUCAGCAGACGAGUGCAUUUGGAGCUCAGCCUACGGGUGGGAUAUUCAAUCCUACAUCAUCAACAGGGUUUGGUGGCGGUGGGCAGGGCUUUUCUGCACAAGGAUUUCUGAAUAAGCAAGCACCGAGCACUGGGUUCGGCACCCAACAGCCUCAAGCAUCAACCUCUUUAUUUGGAAAGCCUGGAAACCUCCAAUCUGGUGGAAACACCUCAAUUUUUGGAGGGCAAAGCACACUUCAGCCAUCUGAGAACCCGUUCAAGCCCCAUGCAGCUUCUCCAUCUCCAUCCAGCGGUUUUGGAACACAGCAACCAAAUAAUACAUUCGGAACACAAUUCCAAUCGCAGGCAGGAAGCACUUUUGGAACCCAACUAGGAAAUGCCAAUCAAUCAUCUAAUCCAUUUGCAAGCCCGAUACAAAAUCCUCUCUCUGGUGGGAUAAGAUCUACUCAGGAUCAAGGAAAUGCAGAGUCCUCAGGAAUGAUUCAUGGAGGAGGGUUUGGAACUUUACAGUCUGCAUCAGGAACUCAGAGUCUAGGUCCUCAAGUGCAGCAAGCUGCGCCAAGUAACCAGCAGACUACGAAUCCAUUCUCAAACCCUGCACAGACAAUACCACCCACCCUUGGAACGCAACAAAACACCUCGUCUCCGUUUUCUUCGAUGCAAGAAUCUCAGACUCAGACCAGCGGAAUAUUUCCUUCGGCAACAGCGCCUCAGGGCUCUGAGCCCACAUCCCAAGGAACAGAAGUAAGGGAUGCAGUUUCUAACAGGAAGCCAAGGGCAUCUGCCUCUGUAUUCAACCAGGCGGUGGGGGAGAAAGGAGUAAGUUUUAUGCAAAUGACACUAGGAGAAAUCAUACAACAGCAGACAAGAAAGCUUGAGGAGAAUAUAAAGGUUUUCAAGGAGAAAGCAAAGGAGGUUUUCGAGCAGGACGAAAGAAUAAUCAGGUCUCUAAAUAAUUAUAAACUGAUAAGAAACAGAAUUGAAGAAGAGGAACGUGUGAUUGCAGAAACAGAGGAGAACGUAGAGUUUUUUGAAAAAUGGCUUUGCAACUUCCAGGAAGAGGUUCCUGAAGGGGCUGGGGAUGAGCUUCUAAUGUGCAUCAAAGAAUUUGAAAGAGUAUGCGACAAAUAUAACAAGACCAUUGAAACACUUAAAGACGAGGAGGAUGAGGUUAUGUGCCUGGUUAACGAAAACUAUAAUCUUAUUACUACCAUUGAAGAAAAACUCGAGAUUCUCGAAAAGUACUGA